AUGGAAGAGAAACAGUCGGAAGAAACGUCGCUCAAAUUCGACGCGGAGGAUAUUGUCGACGUGGGUAGUCGAGUCUCGGAGCAUCAGUCGCCAUCGAGGGAGCUCCCAAGGAGGCUGUCUCUACGAAGAAAGAAUUCUGUAUCUGGAGACAAGCUGGAACCACUGACUGAAACCGGCAACGGCUCCCAGCACUCGAGGGCAAGUUUCAGCAGAUCCGGACCAAUGUCUCUGGUGGUAAAGAUAUUCCAGGUCAUCGACUACUGGCAGGACAUGCACUUUGAGGACUUUGGGGAGGACGCAAGUCUGACACUGAUGCUGGGCAGCUUCCUGAGGGGACUCCUGGCAACCAGUUGCUCUGACUCCAGCGAAGCCCUCAUGGGACAGAAAAUACUCGAAGAACUACUGAAUGUGAACUGGAAGAAACCUGACAGAGAAGAGAAGGCUCUAACUGUCACUCGUCUCAUCAGAAGAACGAACGAGAUGACAUCAUGGGUAUGUACGGAGAUCUUGGUUCGAGAGUCGGCGAGCAGUCGGGCGACCGUGAUUGAGAAUUUCAUCCAGAUUGCCCUCUACUGCUACCGACACAACGACCUCCACUGCUCUCUCAACAUCACCAUUGCUCUAUCGUCCUCCAUCAUUAGAGGACUUCGGAAAACUUGGGAGGAAGUCGAUAAGAAGUUUCGAGACAAACUGAAGAAGCUGCGAGAGCUGUCAGACUACCAAGGUCGCUGCAAGAAGCUGAGAGAGAGACUGGAGCAAACCACAUCUGAACAUCUCCAGAAAACUGGUGAGCUGCCAGCAGCCCUGCCAUACAUUGGAGCCUACCUGGACCAGAUCUACUCACUGGAGAUGUGCACCAAAACAUACAACAAGGACGGCCUAGUCAACUUCACCAAGAUGACAAAGUUGGCAGAUAUGGUGGGACGUGCACUCGUAUACCAGAGAACGAGAUUCAAGUUUGAGCCAAGAUUGGACAUCAUUGCAUACUUGACAUCUGCCAAGAGACUAUCUGAAAACGAACUCUACGAACUGUCGUGCCAAACAGAGCCAACCAACAAAUCAUAAAAAUACUAAUAAUCUAAGUUUGUUCGUCUUUUUAUCAUGAUGUUCCAAAGUCCUGCAUUUUAAGCUUCUUUGUGUGUGUAGCUAUGCACAGAUUUUUAAUAUAAUUAUGAAUUUUAUCAUUUUUUUGUUCCUUCAAUUUUGCUCUUUUUUCAUCUAGAGUCAUGUUGUGUAUAUAUGUUGUGGU